CAUGACUUUCAUUGGUUAAGAUGCUACUGACCAUCAUCAUCGGCCUCACACCCGGGUGUAAUUAAUCCGUAGUUAUUAUGUCAGUGAUACAAAACACAGGGAAGAGAUCCCAACACAAUAAUAACGCCAUUUCCCCAGAUUAUUUGCCCCUUUGAUGCUUGGAUUAGACAUAGAACUAAGGUAGCCAUGUUUCUUUUCCUGCAUGUUAUCGUUAUUAUCCCCCGUGAGAGUCCUUUGCCAUCGUCCGGCGUUCUCUUAUUACAGUAUUGAUUGAUUGAUGAUUGAUGAUUGACUCGUCCCGUAUUGUUUAUUAUUAUUGUUGCUUGCUCGCCCGCUGCCACCAGGCCACAUGACCCGCCAACUAAUAAAUACCUACAUAAAUAAAUACAUCACUACAUAGCUCACUAGCUGCUAGCUUGGGCCGUAUUAUUAUUAUUGAUUUCGAUCUCGACUCCUCGACUCUUCCGCCCGCCCUCACCUCACCUUGUCUUCAUCUUCUUUCAUCUUCUCCCCCCCCCCCAGGCUAAUAUUCGCCAUUCCCGCUCGCUCUCUACCGCUAACUACUUUGCCACUUGAUGGUCUGAUCUGAUCUGGCGCUCUUUGUUUCAGCUUACCGCUCAUUCAUCUCUGAUCUCCGCUAGGUUCCAAGGUCGUUCGUUGCUGGGGUCGGUCCUCCCGGCUCCGCUCAGUGAAAGUGUGCUCGCCAGGAGAUCGAAGCUCACCGACAACUGCGAUAAAAAAAAAAAAAAAAAUAAUAAUAAUAAUAAACAAAUCACAUUGUCUCUUCAUCUUCCAUAACUCCAACAACAAACACGCAUGUCUUUUUUGUUCCUUUGUCUAACCUUUUAGCUAGGUCUCUCUCUCUCUCUGUCCUCUCUCUCUCUCUCUGUCUCUAUCCCAUCUCUCUAUCUCAUAAGUCCCUGCAAAAGGCGCCCCUUCCACGCGGUCACCUGGACAGGCUCACGUGAAGCCAAUCGGAUUCCCUACCUAUUUAUCCCCAAACACCUCCUACGCCGAGCUGUUUCUCUGUCCACUCCAACUCCCUUUGAUUUUUCCUCCUCUCCUCGCCCCUGUGUGACCGGAUGUGACCGUAUGCUGCCUGUUCCCACGUCUGUGUCGUCCACGCCUUACAGAUUGGACCGUUGCAUGUGCCCGGCUGUGGAAUGCUUUGCCUCCAUCGCCUAGUGCCCUUGCUGAACCAUGAGGCUCAGCUGACCAGUGGCGAUUAUCCCGCUCUCCCCGUCUGUUGUUGAGAUUUUCUGUUUUAUUUUAUUUUAUUUUACUUUACUUUAUUUUAUUUCUUCCUCUUUGCUCACUUAACUUUUCUUUCUUUCUUUUUUCUUCUUCUUCCUUUACUUACUGCUCUCUUUUCCGUGUUUGUGUGCUGUGACGGCUCGUUUUAUUUUGCCUAUUCCUCUUUCGAUGAAGAGAGUUCAGCUCCAAGGCUGUCAAUCCGAAAAGAAGUGGAUUUUGCGAAUCUGUUUUGGCGGGUUUUGUCUUCUUAGUGGCUAGUUACAAUGACAGAAGCUUUGCCUAAAGGCAUCGUCUUACACUCCGAGCGCAUUAGUUCCGAAAUCGAGAGCUUUGGCGGUGUGGAUGCUGAGGAUCUUGCAAAACUAUGGCGAGUCUACACCACAAACAGGUCUACGAUGAAAGCAGAUGAAGGAAGGCGAUUGGAAAAUCUAUUCUGGAGAAUAUGGAGCAACAAUGUCAUUCUACGUACUAUACAAGGUACUACAUUAGCCGGCCUCUUCCUCCAUAUUUCUGAAGGAGAGAGCAUCACCAGAAUGGGUCCAGGCGGGUUAAGAGAAAUCUCACCCUCGAUACCGCGGAUCCAAUCAAGACGGCGCGCGGUUCCAUCUACUUCGAGCGCCCAGCCGCAGAAGCUCCCAACGGGAACUAGUUGCAAAAGUACUCCAAAUGUAUCCCGAAAACCUUCGGUAAAUGCAACUCGGGCGCCAUUACUACCUUCUAUCUUAAAGAAGCCGCGACAGGCUUCCAACGAUGCCCAGAGGCUUCCCGGAGUUUCUACGGCCGGUGCCACUGAUCGUUUCACGGGAAGCAAUACAUCUCUGUCCAUAUCACCGACUGCGGUUUUCGAAGACCCUCUGGGAGAAUCCGUGUCGGAGAAGCCACGAAGGAAAAAGGCGACUUUUGCAUCAAAUAUAACUUCUAUGGAACCGGAGCCGGUGCCAAUGCGGAAAAAUAUCUCUCAGCCACCUUUGGAUCCCCCACCUACAAGACAUUCGCCUACCCCCGCAUCCUCCGGGGAAACCAGAGCUUCACCCGACCUGUAUGGCCCAUCAGCACCUAGACGGCAGAUAUAUCCCAUACCCAACGAAUCCGCAAUCUCCAUAAGCCCCACCCCUACCCCCAACUCAAGGCCAUACCCCUGGCUAGGCCCAGCAAUGCAACGACCAGGCCCAACCUCAAACCCCACGUCACAUCCUGCUGCUGCUAUAGCAGCCAACCCUAUCCACGAGCAGCAUGCGCAACAACAGAAGCGGAGCAAUAGCUCCCCGACCUCGCAACCGACGCAACCAUCCAAAGUCUCCCUCGUAGAAAAGGAUUUCCGUUCCCGAUUUGUUGAAAAACGGCUACAGGAGUCGCGCAACCCGUCGUUCACUAACCUAGGCAGCUCAUUGCUAACACAAGCCGAUAUCAAGGCAAGCGCUACAACCGUCGUCUCGGGAAACCCGGACACCGUGCGCUCUCGGAAGCUUCAAUCAUCAGGCGACGUAGGGCCGGUUAUGGGUGUCCAAGCGGUUAGAGGCCGGGGAAAGGUUAAGGAAGGAAGAGGAGGCCAUUCCUCCGCACAGAAGCAACAUCCGUUCCGGAACAAUGGUGCCGGUACCAAAGCAGUCGUGGUUGAUUAUGUCCAGAAAGAGGACGACGAGGACGGGGAGUGGGAGGAUAUCGACAGCGAUGAUGACCCCGCGAAUUCAAUUUCGCCAUCCACAUCACAGGCGCAGCCGCCGCAUCAGCACGGCGUGCCUGCAUCCAGCAGACCAUCGCUGGGUCAGUAGCAGAGUCAGUUAAGCGAGAUGAUCGAGCGGGAGAGGAAGUUGAGUGCGACGAUGCAGAAACAGGGGAAACGAGUGUGAAAUACCGGCGGGGUGAAGGGGGUAAUUGGGGGUGCGCAGCGGCGACGAAUGAAAAAGUCAUCCAUACCUACCUCCCCCCCCCUCCCUCCCUCCCCCUCUCCUCAAGUUUCGAAUAAAAAUGAAAACAACCCCUCGCCUUCGACCCCGAGAGAAAAAUAUGCGGAUUAGACACAACCAAACCUCGCAGCCGGCCAGGAUUCCAAUCAUUCCAGCUCGCCUAUCUAUCUAUCUAGCUAGCCGGCCUCGACGCACGCCACCGAUAAACCCCUGAACGCAGCAAAGGAGGGGAAAAAAAAAAAAGGCAACCUCCAAUCGAAGCAAGCAGGGGAUGAUGCAGAUCAGAUCUAUCUGCCCCUCAAUCCCUGAUAUCUUCGCUCAGCUUACUUACUUACUAGGGAGGGAGGGAGGGAACCUGGGCACUGCGUAGAUGACCUAUUCCUUACAAUUUUCAUCAUAAUCAUAUAAUUAGCGUAUAUAUAUAUAUAUAUAUAUAUAAUAUACCCUACUCAAUCUCUUCACCAAACUGGAAAGACAAAAAAAAAAAAAAAAAAAAAAAAAAAGAAAAAAAGAGCUUUUCAUAGAACGAGAUUAUAAUAUAAUAACAUAAUUAUAAAAGAGCGCCUGACCUCCGUCGAUUCCAUUCUACCCGUCCCUACCUACUACUUCAGUCCUCCUAGGCAUUUUACUCUAACCGUUCCUGUCGUUUCCUUGCACUGGCUUGCUAGCUGGAUGGCUGGCUGGUUGUGUGGUGGUGUGGCGGCUUAAAUACGGGGAGAUAGCAGCAGCCUGAGCCCUUCCUUCCUCCAGCUUCAUCCCUACUAUAUUAUAUUAUUUAAACACGAUAGAAAUACCAUAGAAUUUGUGCAUGGCAGGUGAUGAAAAUACCCCAUUAU